AUGUUCAAAAGGCACAAGUCCCUGGAACGCAAGAGGGAAUUAUUAUUCCAGGGACUUCCACAAUCCACAAUGAAGAAUAAUACAAGAAAUUUCCACUCUUUGUCACAACUUGUACUCUCAGCAGGCCCGCUAAAAACUACUACAGCAGUCAAACAUUCAAAAACGACUCACUUUGAGAUAGAAAUACUGGAUGCUCAUACCAGAAAACAGAUAUGUAUUGUGGAUAAGGUAACGCAAACAUCAACUAUUCAUGAUGUCAAACAGAAGUUUCACAAAACAUGUCCAAAUUGGAACCCUUCUCGAAUUGGCCUACAACUAGAAUACGGUGGCCCAUAUUUGAAGGACUACGUCACAGUCCAAAGUGUCGCAGCUUCUUCAAUUAUCACACUCUAUUUUACAGAUUUGGGUCAACAAGUCGGGUGGACCACAGUCUUUUUGGCUGAGUACUCAGGGCCUCUUCUAAUAUACCUUCUGUUUUACCUGAGGACCUCAUACAUAUACGAUGUCAAGGAGAGCUCUAGAUGGCCCCGACACCCUGUGGUACACUUGGCUUGCUUCUGUCAUUGUAUCCACUAUAUCCGACACCUUCUGGAAACCUUAUUUGUUCACAAAGUUUCUUCAGGACAUAGUCCUAUGAAAAACUUGAUAAAGGGUUGUGCAUUUUAUUGGGGAUUUACUUCCUGGAUGGCUUACUAUAUUAAUCACCCAAGAUAUACACCACCAUCAUUUGGAAACAGGCAAAUAAUAGUGUCUGCUAUCAAUUUUUUGGUUUGUGAAGCUGGAAAUCAUUUCAUCAAUACAAUGUUAGCUCAUCCCAAUCACACAGGUAGCAAUGCUUGUUUCCCAAGUCCAAAUUUUAACCCCUUUACAUGGAUGUUUCUCUUGGUUUCCUGUCCUAACUAUACCUAUGAGAUCGGAUCCUGGAUUAGUUUCACAGUCAUGACACAGACACUGCCAGUUGGUAUUUUCACAAUCUUAAUGACCAUUCAGAUGUCUUUGUGGGCACGAAAGAAGCAUAAGAUAUAUCGGAAGAAAUUCAACUCAUAUGUUCAUAGGAAAUCAGCCAUAAUUCCAUUCAUAUUAUGA